AUGAAUCCGGAGAGUAUCCCCAUGAAUUUCAUAGAGAUUUUUUCGAGAGUUGGCUGGAUUGGGAUUGCUUUGCCCGAGGACCUUGGUGGUUCAGGGCUUGGUAUAUCAGAAGCAACCAUGAUGCUGCAGAUAAUCUCAGACUCAACCACUAGACAUCUACGCAACGCAACCGUGGUAAAUCUGGCGCCUGAGACGCUCAAACUCCGCACCCAAGCCACCCGAGACGGCGACCGCUAUACGAUUUCCGGGCAAAAGAUUAACAAACCCUCCGAAGGCCUCUCGCCGUUCUUCAUCGACUUCGACAAGUCAAAACAAGGCCUGGAACCAAAGCACACCUCCAAGAUGGAGGGUAGGGCUGUGGACGCCAACGAGGUCUUCUUCGACAACUACUCCAUCCCCGGCGACUCUCUCAUCGGCAACGAAGACCAGGGCUUCAAGAUCGUGCUCCACGGCAUGACCGCCGCGCGCUGUCUCCUCGCAGGCGAAACCCUCGGCCUCAGCUACGCAGCUCUCUACCGCACAUCCACCCACGCCAAAGACCGCCACCCGCUUGCAGACGGAUACAUGCUCCUCGAAGCUGCGAAGCUGGCGACGUACCACGCUGCUAGGCUGUACGACCAGCCGACGACGAACGUCAGUGUCACUCAGGCAGCGGCAUUCUCGGCGCGUGAGAGGAGCAUGCUGAGUCUUGGGGGAAAUGGGACAUGCGAAGGUGUAUCAUCUGGAGAGUGUUUUGUGCCGAGGAUCGCGCCAGUGUCGAGACAGAUGGUUAAGAAUUAUUUUGCGGAUAAGGUGCUGAAGCUACCUAUGAUUUAA